AUGGCGAGCGACGACAGCGGCCCCGCGAUGUUCGACCUCGCCGGCAACGAGGAUGGUGAGGAGGUCCAGCGCUGGCUUUGCGAUCUCGGCCUCGGCCGCUAUGGAGGUAUCCUCCAGGCAGAGGGCUUCGACGACUUUCGCAUCAUACGCAAUGCCACUGAAGAGGACGUUGCGGAGCUUGUGGCACUUUGUGCCAUGCCACGGCUCCACGAGAAGCAAUUUCGGCGAGCGCUGAACGAGCUGAACUCACAAAAGGAGGUAUCCGCGAGAAGAGGCAGCGAGGAUGCUAGCGAGCCGCGUGUCACGGCAACAGGUAGUUCUUCGAGCUGGAGCGGCGAGACCCCACAUGGUUUUCAAGGUCCCGACGACACAAAUACCUGGGAAGUGGUUGGUGGCCGAUGCGCAGGGGGUGUCCUUGUCCGAACCGGCCAUGAUCUCACCUCGCCAGAGGCGAUCCCCGCCCGCCUCGCCUUCCGCGCGAAGGUCCGCGAGUUAGAUCUGCAGGGCACCCGCCUGCAAUUUGAAUUGGUCUCUGGCCGUGGUCCAAAGACCGGCUGGGUGAGCACCAAGGUUGCCAACAAAGAGCUCCUGGUGAGGCGCGGUGUGGUGCACGAGCAGGAGCGGGUGACGCCAGACACAGAUUCCGGCGAAGUGGCAGCAGAUGCGGCCUCUUCGGAUGGAGAUCUUCCCGAGUUGGUUCCGGGCCAUGCGGAAGAGUCGGAUGAAGUGGAGUCCUUACCGGAUCCGACCGAAGACGACUCCAGCGAACCGAAUUGCUUCAACUGUGGGGGCCCUCACUUAGCCAUCGACUGCCCGCAUUGCGGCGGUGAAUCCAGCCCGGUCCAAGACACGAAGCCGGGCAACGAACCCACGGAAGGCUCCUCCUCCCACAGCGAAGAUCCAGGAUGCCCUGAGUUGACGACCCGCAGCGAUCGCACCUCCGCCACGACUGCCAUGAAACCGAAGCUGCGCCUGAGCCACGGGUGGCAGACUCAGCACAAGACAUCCUUGGCCGACCGACAGACCCCGGCACUGGCACGCUUUGCUCCAAUGCAGCGGACCAGGGCCAUGCCGAUAGAGCCCCUGAGCCAUGCUCUUCCUACAGGGAUCCAGCUGCCCUUCACCCCAAGCAGCCUGGGCGCCCGCGCACCUGGCCUCCGUCCAGGAGGUAUGCUCUGA